AUGAAGAAAUGUGAUGCCUGCCGUAAUCGUUCAGACCGGGGACCUCCGGACCGGCCUGGCGAUGAUCGGGAUCCCCUCCUAAACUCUCCUACUAUCUUACAGGAGGAGCCCCACGAUAUUCCAAACUUAUCGUGCGGCAUUUGCACGAUGUUUCCGUCGUGCAUGUCGCUGUUACCGCGGAGGAACGAGACCCGGCCCCCGCGACCGGGCCAGGCACCGGUGGUGUUAAACGUGUACGACAUGUAUUGGACGAAUUGGUAUACAGCCGGUGCGGGGGUAGGCGUGUUUCACAGUGGCGUGCAAGUGCACGGCUCGGAGUGGGCGUACGGCGGACACCCGUACGCUUUCACGGGCGUGUUCGAGAUCACGCCAAGAGACGAGAGGGAAUUAGGAGAACAAUUUCGUUUCAGACAAAGUGUACAAAUAGGGUACACGGACUUCAGCGAAGAGGAAGUGAGGCGGCUGGUCACAGAAUUAGGCAAGCAAUUCCGCGGUGACAGAUACCACCUUAUGAACAACAAUUGCAAUCAUUUUACGUCAGCAUUUUGUUUGGCGCUGUGCGACCGGGACAUCCCCCCGUGGGUCAACCGCCUCGCGUACGUGAGCUCGUGCGUGCCCUUCCUGCAGCGGUGCUUGCCCAAGGAGUGGCUGACGCCGGCGGCGCUGCAGCACUCGCUGGCGGCGCACUCGCGCUCCUCCUCCCCCGCCACGCCCUCCCCCACCUCCCCCGCCGCCCCCGGGCAA